AUGGCUGUCCUGAUGACUAUUUUAGAACCGUUUUCUAAAAUAAUAAGCUACGCGAUACAGAACUUGCGAUUGACGCAUAAGACACUGGUCGAAAUUUGUAACCUCAGUGGACGGGCAUUCACAAAGGAACGCGACAAGCUGUACCUGGGUCGCCAGAUAGUAUUCGAUCUGGUACAGGCACUAAAAUUCAAAAUCAACGUACCCGACGUCAACCUGUUGCUGUUGGUUGGCUUCCUGCUUCAAGACGCCGGAGGUAUUCUGCCGCCCUGUAUUAGCGGUGAAAUGUCCAUGGGAGAAUCGUACGUGCACAUCAACUGUAACAUAACCGACUGCAUGCGACAACCUUACUUGAACGAUAUACUGGAAUUUUUGGCCGAUUUCCACACACUGAGCAAAAUAAAGAAUCUUAAAGCAUCCGGCACGGGCCCCGGAUUAUGUGAGGAUACAAUUGGUGGCGUGCUAAAAGGAGCUAUAGCACAGUAUCUUGCGUUAGAGAUGUCACGAGGAAAUUCCAAAGAUAGUCGAACGGUUUCCAAAUAUCUUCCUUGGCUGAACAACGCGCCGUCAUCAUUGCAGCAAGG